AUGUCUACAAAACACGGGGAAGCUUCCCAAACAGGGGCAGCCAAAGUGGAGGUGGGCUCGGAGGUCAUGGCUGUGAGAAGUAACAGGGUGGUGCUGGAUAAUACCAUCUGCCCAGCUGAAAUCAUCAUCUGCAAUGGCAAAAUAGCUGACAUUCUGCCCAAGAGAAGCUGGGCUUGUGCCAGCGGAGAGAAGGUGCUGGAUGUUGGCGAUCUGGUGGUGAUGCCUGGGAUCAUAGACCCUCAUGUCCACACGUGUGAGCCAGGGCACACAGAUUGGGAGGGUUACUCUUCUGCAACCAAGGCUGCUGCUGCAGGAGGCAUCACAACCCUGGUGGCUAUGCCGCAGAGCUGUCUUCCCCCAACCACAACUCUGGCAAACUUUGAGGACACGCUACAGUCUGCCGAAGGGCGGUGCUAUGUGGAUGUAGCCUUCUGGGGCGGAGUCAUUCCUGGAAACCAGGAUGAGCUCCUGCCCAUGCUGCAGGCUGGAGUCCCAGGCUUUAAGUGCUCCCUGAUUGCAAGUGGAGUGGAGGAAUUCCCCCAUGUCAGCCUCCAAGAUCUGCACAUGGCAAUGGAUGAGCUGCAAGGCACAGACUGUGUCCUCUUGUUCCACGCAGAGCAAGAGCUGGGCCAGUGGAAGCCGGCACUAGAGGACCCCACAGAGUACAGGGUACUCCUGGACUCCCGCCCUGAUGCAAUGGAAGUGGAGGCCAUCCAGACCAUCGCUAAUCUCUGCCUCCAGUACAAGAUGCCCUGCCACAUCCUCCAUCUCUCCUCUGCUCAAGCCUUGCCCAUCAUCAGAGAGGCUCGCCAGAAAGGGGCACCACUCACUAUAGAGACUGCCCACCACUACCUCACCCUCACGUCUGAACGCAUUCCACCUGGGGGCACCUACUACAAGUGCUGUCCUCCUAUCAGGACCAAAACCAAUCAGGAGCAACUGUGGAGUGCUCUGCAAGAGGGACUGAUCGAUAUGGUGGUGUCAGCCCAUAACCCUGGCUCACCAGAUCUCAAAAUCUUGGAUGAUGGAGACUUUUUCAAGGCACAGGGAGGCAUUUCCUCACUGCAGUUUGGGCUUCCUCUGUUCUGGACCUCAGCAAAAUCCAAGGGAUUCUCCCUUCAUGACGUGGUGCAACUGAUGUGCAAAAAUCCUGCCAGCCUGAGCCGACUGGAUGACUGCAAGGGGAAGCUGUGCAUAGGGAUGGAUGCUGACUUGGUGAUCUGGGAUCCAGACAAGGAGUUUGAGGUGAAGAAAAACAUGAUUAAACAUAAAAACCAGCUGACCCCAUACCUUGGCUUCCAGCUUCGUGGAGAGGUUUUUGCCACUCUCGUGCAUGGCAGGUUGGUUUAUCUGAAAGGAAAGUUCUCACCCAAGCCGGAAGGAGUCCUGCUUGUAACUCAGAGAAAGAUGUCCACAACAGUCUCCUCCUCACCCUACUACUGA